AUGGCUGAGACCACAUCCGGUAAACCACUGGCAUUUGUGGUCGAACAUCUUGACCCGGAAUUGGGCUCAUGGUCAGCCUUGGAAUAUGCAUGUAUCGCUAGAGAGUGUGCAGAGGCUGGCUCGCAGUUCUUGUUAACCUCGGUCCCGGAAUCACUGCAGAUGCCGGACAAUCUAGCACGAAUGGAAGAACUCAAAGUAGAAAGACGCAGUGUGGAGGAGAUAUUCGUGGACCGCAAAUCGAAAGUCUGCUUGCUCGAUCCAGCUGCGACUACGGAGUUAAGCACUGCCGAUGGAGACCAAUUUGAAGUCUUUUUAUUCGGAGGUAUUCUCGGUGAUGAUCCUCCUCGAGACCGUACAUCUGAACUCCGCCAGAAAGGGUAUACUGGACGACGACUUGGACCAAAGCAGAUGACCACAGACACCGCCGUGCGGGUGACGCGCAUGAUUGUACAAGAGCGGAUUCCGCUCGACAAAAUUCCCUACGUGGAUACCCCUGAAUUGCGUAUCAAUGAAUAUGAAAGCACCGAGAUGCCUUUCCGAUACGUUGUAGACAGCCAGGGAAAACCAAUCAUGCCCGAGGGCAUGGUUGAGCUCAUCAAACAUGAUGCUGAUAAGGCAGUGGAUGAUCUUAUAUGAUGGUACCGACAAACGCCAAGGACAAAAUAUAAUAAAGCUAUAGACCUACACCGUGGGCUUUGGGAUCUGAUAAGGAUGUGAUGCGGGUUUCUUCAUUUUCAUCAAACUCACAGCGUAAAGGCAUUGUAAGCCGCGCGACGAGAAUAAAAAUUACAGGGGCCACCAGAACUAGACACGGACAGGCUCAUGAACAUAGAAUGAGAUAGAAACGCUCUCUUUUGUGAGGUCAAGGCAAUAGAUCUAUAGUUAUACAUUUAGCUACACAGUAAUUACAAUUGAUCGGCGGCGCGGCGGCGGCUUGGGGCGGUGCGCUUUCCCCUAUCUGGC